GUAAUUCUGGAGCAACUAUAAUGAAUGAUCGCUGAUAUUUUAUAAACGAGACGCUCCUCUUUUCAUUAAAGGUUGUUGCAUAUAAUUUGGCUGCUUCAGUAUGGCCACUCUGACGAGGCAGGACCUUAAUUUUGGCCAAGUUGUUGCUGACAUUCUGUGUGAGUUUUUGGAAGUGGCCAUUCACCUCAUCCUAUAUGUCCGAGAGAUCUAUCCAUCUGGUAUUUUUGAGAAAAGGAAGAAAUACAACGUACCUGUGCAGAUGGCAUGUCAUCCUGAGUUAAAUCAGUACAUUCAAGACACGCUCCAUUGUGUCAAGCCACUGAUAGAGAAGAAUGAGGCUGAGAAGGUUGUAUUGGUGAUCAUGGAUAAAGAGCAUCAUCCAGUGGAGAGAUUUGUGUUUGAGAUCUCACAGCCUCCGCUGCUGUCCAUCAGCUCAGAGACUCUGCUGUCUCAUGUGGAGCAGCUGCUGAGAGCGAUGAUCUUAAAAAUCAGCGUAUGUGAUGCUGUUCUAGACAAUAAUCCUCCAGGAUGCACAUUCACAUUGCUGGUACACACCAGGGAAGCUGCCACAAGAAACAUGGAGAAAGUUCAGGUCAUCAAGGAUUUUCCAUGGAUUGUAGCAGAUGAGCAGGAAGUUCACAUGGAAGAGGCGAAACUCAUUCCUCUCAAAACAAUGACUUCUGAUAUUCUCAAGUAUGACCAGCGCCUCUCUGUGCUGUUAGCCGAUGCAAAGGAUGAUGUAGAUGAGAGUGAAGAAGGUCAACCUUCUGCCAUGUCUGAUGUCUGA